UCCCUUAUCCCUCCUCAUUCUACGACUAAUUUGUUCGUAACUCGCACGAAAUAGGUAAAGUAUGGCUGCACAUCGAACCAACCUGGACCGAGCGGUCUGGGUACCGGGUCUUCUUUGUCACCAUGUCGGACUUUUAGGGGCUUGCUCUGGCCUGUCUGCCUGCCUCCCUGCGACUAUGUUAUAAGUAACCACCGUCUCGUCACAUCCCCAAGACGUAUGUGUAUAAGAAAUCCUUCGGUAUCACCUUCGUUUCAUCUUAACUCGCUUCUCGUCACUUAUGUCUCCACCAUCGGAACGUUUCAGCAGGCUCUCACUCGGAAGUAUGCCGCCUAUAACUCGUCUUCAAAGUCGGAAGUUACAACAACAGCAGCAGCAACAAGAACAACAACAAGAUCAACAAGAAGGAGGAGAACAAGAGGUGGAAGACUCCAGCUCCGAGUCCGACUCGGAAAGGGAUUUCGACGUCGACGAUGACGGCUUCAUGGUUUCUCCGUCAAACCUCCGGUACUCGCUGGAUCUUCUCGACGAGGAGACGCGGGAGAACGUCAACCGGGCCAUAGAGGUGCCCCCGCAGUUCACGCUGCGCGGAUGCCAAGCUGGCGACGAGCGCUGCCUCUUCCUGAUAACGGAGCCGGUCGAGUACACCGUCCGGACCGGCUCGGAGCAGAGCGGCUACGGCACCCCGAGCUGCACCUGCGAGAGCGGCGAGCGCGGGGAGUCUCCCUGCCGGCACAUCCUGUGGCUGUUCGACCAGAUCACGAGCCAGGUCCUCGGCGCCCAGCGGAGCCCGCUCUCCCUGACGCCGCACGGGUACCCGGCAGAGCUCGGGAACCCGUACGACGCCAUCUCGGACUUCCACCUCGACAUGCUGGCCGACAGCCUGCACUGCGACGUCGUCGGCCAGUCGCCGGACCCGAACCCCCGGCGCGUCCGCGAGACCCGCGAGAUGCUCGCCUCCCUCAGCGAGGUGCCCGCCGACGAGUACCGGCCGGACCUGUUCGACAACCCGCGGCGGGGGAAGCGCGCCGUCAAGAGGGGCGACCUCGAGCAGACCAUCUUCCGCAUGCUGCUCCGCAACGACGACUUCUUCCAGUACUUCCUGUCGUCGAUGCGCGCGGACGCGGACGCGGACGCUUACGAGUCCCCGCCCCAGUCCCCCGGCUCCUACUCCCACCCCAAUUCCUAUUCUUACUCUAAUUCUUACUCGUACUCCUACUCGAACCAGUUCCGCGACCUGCAGCGCCGCGCGGACGCCGCCCUCGCGGGCCUCCGGGAGUACGCGGAGAACCCGGCGGCGCGCGGGGCUCCCCCGCGCGCCCGGAAGGACGUGCGAUGGUGCGCCGAGCACCUGGCGCGGGUGACGCGGCAGAUCCGCGGGGCGAUCCACAACACGGCGCGGCCGCUGCGCGGGUGGGAGCUGCGGGCGGCGGCGAGCGCGGCCGUGCACAUAUUGGAGAAGGUGGUUGUGGAGUGGGACCGGGACGUGGACGACCCAGCGGAGGAGGAGGACGACGAACAGGAGGGAAUGAAGAAGAACGACCCGCGGGCUCGGGCGAAGGCGGAGCGCAAUUUGUUCUUCCGGCUCGUCGGCGGGGAGGAUCGCAAUUUCGUCGUCGACAUCCUGGCCUCGAUACCGCCGGAGAUCCUGGGCCCGUGGGUCGACGAGCUGACGGCGCUGCAGCGAAGGAUUGUGGAGAAGGGCGGGCCCGUGGCGUAUACGGCACGCUUGAGCUCGCUUGUGAGCCAUUUGAGGUCGAGGUGGACGGCGGGGACGGAAGGAGGAGGCAGUGGGAGUGGGAGUGGGAAUGGAAUUGGGAAAGGAGGAGGGUCGAAGAGGAUGAGGCAGGGACAAGGUGGGAGAGCGAAGAGAGUUAGGUGAGGCUACUACUUCUAGUCGACUACCUAAACAAACUCUCUUCAUCCCCUUUCUUUGUCUCUAUCUCUAUCUAUCUCUAUACCUCGUUGCGGACCCCAAAAUAAAAAAGAAACAAAAGAAGAAGGAAAAUACCACGGUAUGGGAUCUAGU